CACAACAUAAUCGCGAUUCACUUUUUAGAAAUGUAAACGGUUUUUUCAUAACAUCAACAAGUUAUUAAUAGAAAACAUUAAUGUGUAAUCAUUUGACGGAGUAAGAGAAACACAUUAUAAUUUAUAUCACAUUUUACCACUUUAAUUUUCUUCCUCCUAUAACUGAACUGGAAUUGAUUAUACCAAGAAAAACAUAACAUGCAGUUUUAUAAUUUCCUUGAUUCAAAAUCUACUACUAAUCCUGUUGCAUAUAUUCUGGCUAACGAAAAUCAUGCAUAAUUCACGUAUCUGUUAUGUUGUGACGCUCAUGUGAAAGAUUUACAAUAAUUUUGAAUGUUAUCGGUACCUGGUACUUUACAAUAGGCAAAGGCUCUUUUUUUUGUUUUUUUUCGGACUGACAUAAAAUAUUUAAAUGUAGACUAGGGAAAUUCAGUUUUAUUAGAAUAAGCAUUCGUAUUUCAAUUCUAAACAACAUCAAAUAUACAGUGAAUAAGUAAGUAUUUCAAUUAAAAAUUUGCAACACCAUGUAUUUUCAUAAAAUAAAAUAUCACGGAUGUAACCGUAUCGAUAAAAAUCACAGUCGAAGGACAACCGUUGAACCUCAUUGUAUCAAACUAGAAAUGUAUGGAUUACAUAUAUUAGUUUUGCACUAUACAUAUUUAAAUAUCGUGUUUAAUAUCGGAUACAGCCUUCAGGAUUGCCCUGAAGAAACUACGGGAUCUGGAAUAAAAGUGACAUGGCCCCAGAGCCCAACAGCAAGCAAUGUACAAUCGGAACCCCUUUGUUUUUUUAACGGCACAUUGAUAACAAGGAAUUGCAUAAAUUAUGAAUGGCUUCCUAAUAUCAACCAGCUACAAUCAUGUGACAGGGCUGUCAAAUAUUUUAAUUCUCAAAAUUGCCCUCCUGGGUUCAAUAAAGUGUCGGAGAACAAUAACAAAUAUUGUUAUCACAUAAGCCAACCGUCAGUUUGGAAAUAUCCUUGUUUUGAAACUGGGGGUGCAACAGUAAUAACUGAUUUUACCAAAAAUGAAAUCAACGCAUUAAUAGAUUCGCUUAAUUUUUCUAAUCAUAAAUUUUUAUGGUUACCAGCCAAACGACAAAAAAUGUUCGCUCCUGUUGUAUGGCAUACCCCUGGUCCAAACUGGGGGCAAACAGUAGAAGUAGAUGAACGAAUAUCCUUUAGACCGAACCUGUUGAAAAACUGCUUGGUAUUAGAUGUUGGAAAUAAAAUCUUGAAAACAGAGAUAUGCCAUGUGGAGUAUGAGAGUUUAUGUUUCUACGUAAACGAUUUUAAUUAUCCUGCAAAAUGUCCAGCUGGAUAUAAUGCUUUUCGUCACAUGCUUGAUGAUGGCAGAUGUUUUGGAAUAGAGCAAUCUCAUAGAAACUUGACAUUUGAAGAGUUUCGACGUAGAUGUAAAAAACCAAUGGGAAAUGGUGGUUUUAAAAAUUUGAGAAAAUUUAUUUUUGCCAAAAUAGCUGAAAAUCAUAAUAUGCCAAAUUUUUCAUGGUGUUGGUUUUCCUCAUUUAUUGAAAAUAAUGAGCAUGACAUUUCAAGUGUUACUGUUAAUUUGCAUGAUUUUACAAGCAUAGAAAACGAAACUAAUUCUAAUAUGAUGAGCAUUAUCAAUAAUUUUGGUACAGUAGGUUUAUUACAUACAUCAGACACUUUAUCAUGUAUGGCUUGUGAAGCUGAUAUCAUCUAUAGAGAGACUGAAUUAUUUUUUGAAUACAAUGCCUCAAAAAAUAAAAUUUAUUUAACCGUUUACUUUCCCUCUGGUUUGUGGAAAUAUAAUGAUGAUGAUAGAGGUAUACAGUGUUUUUCUGAUGCUAAAGGAUUCUUCAAAGUCAUAGACGUAUAUGAAACAUUACCUUUAUUAUCUGUUAAAACACUGAAAUCAGAAUCAUCAUCUGAAAUGUACGUAGAAAAAACCAUAUUUGAAAUUAGUCUUGUAACAGAUAGAUCCGCUAGUUAUUGGUGUGAAGGUCACACAAAAAAUUUCUCCCUAAUUACAACAGAAAAAAUUGUGGUAAAUCCCCAAGGUAGGGAAGUUCAUGUAUUUUCCCUUGUUUUAGAAAUGUUUGUAUGUUUAGAUGAAAUAAACAACGUUGUCCAAAUUAAUUCGAUUGGACUUACAGACAAUUUAAAUAAAAUAUUACAAGCUGAAAAAAUUAUAAUUAUGGAUAUACUAGAUUACAAUCUAAAUGUCAUGCAAGUACUACUGCAUGUUCAUGUAUCCAUAAAUAACACGUAUAAAGUAGAAGCGCUCAAUUUACUGAGCACUUAUAACAAUCUGUUACAGAAAAUAGAGUUAAAUUUUCCAAUUUAUAACUACACUUUUAUUAAUAUGUCAAGUUCAGUUUAUUGUUUACCAACAAUUUCAGAAGACUCUAUAGCACUAUACUGGGAUUUGACUCCAGUUGGUCACAUUGCAGCUCCUAAGCAAUUUUGUUUACAAAGUAACGGCCUCCCUGUCAAUAGACAUUGCUUCGGGUCGUAUUUACUCGGUAGUUUUUGGGGCGCAGUUAUAGGUCAAUGUGACAAAAGUUAUGAACCCUCUUUCACAACAACAUUGCUAUUUAAUUUCGUACAAGGAAAGUUGGGGAAUGAGUAUGUUUCUAACUUUCUUACAACUGGCUUACAAAAAGUUUUGGGUAACACGGACAUAUUAAUUCCAGCUGAUGUCUAUUACUUAUCUCUAUCUUUUCAACAAGUUUUAAAUAUUGCUCAUCGAAAUGAAAGCUCUAUUGAAACUGGAGAUAUUCAAAAUUUUGCUUGGGCUAUAGACAGAAUUAUGGUUGUAAAUAAAAACAAUUUACGUUUAGCUCAGACUCUCAAUUCUACUAAUGCUAUAUUGGACUCUAUAAAUGAUAUGAUUGCAAUGAUAACACGGCAGAGUUUUACUUCAAAAACAAAAACAACAACUAAAAGUGAUAAUACUUACCAAUUAGCUAUUCAACCGCGAUUCAUUGUACAGAUAUCAUAUCCUGAAAUAACAAAUAUUACAGGUUUGGCGGUAAUUAAUCCUGAUAAUUCUGAUACAUUCGAUAAAAUGAAAAUUCAACCAUUAUACAAAAAUAUGACGCUCAAUAAAGUGCUAAAAAUUGAAAAUUUAGAAGUGGCAACAUGGUUUCCAAAUGUUGUCUUGAAUAAUCUACAAAAAGAAGUUAAUGACAACCAAACCAUGCAUAUAGUAAUAAAUGUAUUUUCCGAAGACGUAAUAUUUCAACAACUUAAAAAUAAUAGUUACGUAAUAAAUAGCCGGAUAAUUGAAAUCGCCGUGCCGGGUUAUUCAACAAAUUCAGAGUUCGGAAUACCCUUAAUAUUUCGCAAUAUCAGGCAUAUGCCUACAAUAAAAUCAAGUAAAUGUGGUUUUUGGGAUUUUCAAAGUGAAACUGGCGUUGCAGGAGUUUGGUCUGGUAGUGGCUGUGCGUUAAUAGCAACCGAAAAUAAUAUGUCUAUCUGUGAGUGUUAUCACUUAACGCACUUUGGCCAGUUGAUAAAUAUAAAUAGUGAUAGGGGUUUGGAGGACUCUGUUUCUGGAGCUGGACACAAAAAAGUAUUAAACAUUAUUACACUUAUAGGAAGUGGGCUAUCCCUUAUAGGGAUUAUGGGUAUUUGGAUAACAGCAUUAGUUUUUGAUUUAUGGAGGAAAAAAACGGGGACUAAGGUUUUAUUGCAACUGUCGUCUGCUAUUGCGUUACCUUUAAUAUUGAUAGUUAUUUUUAAUGUAGAUAACUCAUUGGUUUUACAAGUACAUGACAUAAACGAAAACAAAAAUCAUGUGAAAAUAAUUUGCAUAGUGUUGGGUGCAGUUUUUCACUAUUCAGUAUUAACCAAUUUUAUGUGGAUGUUAAUCACUGCUAUUUUACAAUUCCUUAGAUAUGUCAGGGUCUUGGGUGUAUCAAGACCGUCUAAGUUUAUGGUUAAACUUACAUUAAUAGGAUGGGGCUUACCAAGUAUACCGGUAAUGAUUGUUUUAAUAAUAGACAGAGAAAAUUAUAUUCCUCGCGCGGUAUCGCAACGUUCCAUCUGUUACCCAAGUGGCAUUUAUAUGCUUCUAGGUGUAGUAUUACCUGUGUGUUUAAUUUUAAUUAUUAACAUUGUAUUAUUUAUACUAGUUAUCAAAUCUAUCUCCAAAAAAUCUGAUCUUCAAAUUUCUGACAGAAGUUUAGUUUGUGCUCAGUUCCGCGUGUCAAUAUUUUUAUUUUUCUUAUUAGGAUUAACUUGGGUAUUUGGUAUCAUGUCAUUUUCAGGUAGUGUUAUAUGUUCUUAUAUAUUUUGCAUAACAUCUACUGUACAAGGAUUUGUUUUGUUUAUAUAUUUUGUUAUAUGUGAUCCUACGACAAGAAAUUUAUGGAUUACUGUAAUGAAACCUCAAUUUUUAUCUUCGAGAAAUAGUGUGACUACUAUAAGUAGUGGGUGAAUAAUAAUAAUGGUCAAGUAAAAUGUAUCGUCAUAAUCCUUUCUUAAAAAGUUUUGUUUAAGCUGUCGAUUGUGCGCCUUAUUUAGCUUUAGGAAUCUGGAAAACCCCCCUUUUGAUUUCACGCUUAAUUUAAUUAAUAAGGUUCCGAUUUUAAUAUGUAAAGAAGGAAAUGUGAAAUGUAUUUAACAUAAAACAUAAGUGUGCAGAUUUAGAAAUCAUCACAUAAAUUAAAAUUAUUUUUAAACAAAAAAAAUCAUUUUUUAGUAUCUCUCUCUCUAUAUAUCUAUAUGAAAAUAACACCCAGAUUGAUUAAUUUUGCAAAAACUCUUUUAUUGAAUAUUUCUGUAAGUGUACGUUUUAAGCGUAAUGGAUCACUUCGAAUAAGGCUUUAUUUACCUAAUGUAAGAAAUUGAAAAUGUAAUUUAUAUAGUUAAAUUUAUAUUUAUUUCUUAUAAUAGACACUUUUAAGAAUUCAUAAAUGAUGCAGUUUGCACAGAACAACAAAGUAAGAUAAUUUGAAACAUUUUUAACCACGUUGCCAAAAUUUCCAUUCAUCGUAUAAAUAAAUAAUUAAUAAAAGUAUAUUCGUAGACAUGUAUAGUUGGUUCAACGUUUUGUUUUUUUUGCUACUUCGAUAAUAACUACAAUUGGUGUCUGUUGAUUAAGAUUCUUCUGCUUCUGAGCAAAAUGCAUAUUUGUGUUUGUAAUAAUGUGAUGUAAUCGGAUGUUAACUUAAUUUGAAAUUCCAAUAAAUGUCUGUUUACCGA